GCGCGCGCCCCCCCGCGAUGGCGCUGUGUGGCGGCAGCGCGGCGGAGCGCGGCCGGCGGCGGGCGGCGUGACCCCGCCGCGGGGUGGCCGCGCUGCAUGGGGUCGGAGGCCGGCCGGCAUGGAGGGGGUCCUGUACAAGUGGACCAACUACCUGAGCGGUUGGCAGCCUCGGUGGUUCCUUCUCUGUGGUGGCAUCCUGUCCUAUUAUGACUCUCAGGAAGACGCCUGGAAGGGUUGUAAGGGAAGCAUCCAAAUGGCUGUUUGUGAAAUUCAAGUUCAUCCUGCAGAUAACACACGAAUGGACCUGAUUAUCCCAGGGGAGCAGUACUUCUAUCUGAAGGCAAGAAAUGCAGUUGAAAGGCAAAAGUGGCUGGUUGCCCUAGGAACUGCCAAAGCCUGUCUGACUGACAGCAGGACACAGAAGGAAAAAGAGUUCACUGAAAACACAGAAGCCUUGAAGACUAAAAUGUCUGAACUCAGACUGUACUGUAACCUCCUUGUUCAGCAAGUGCAUAAAACAAAGGAAGCCAGCAUUUCUGAUGUGUCAGAACCAGAGAGUGAGAUUGAUAUGGGAGCUCUGUUGAAAUCAACUUGUGACACUUUCCUGAAGACUCUUGAAGAAUGUAUGCAGAUUGCAAAUACUGCCUUCACUUCUGAGUUACUGCAUCAGACCCCACCUGGAUCCCCAAAUUUAGCAGUUCUCAGAACGAGCAAGGUAAAGCACUCUGUCUUGUCCAGUCACGCCUCAACAGAAAGGCAGGUGGAAUUGAGCCCCUGUGAAAAUGGCUGUAUAAAAGCAGAAAUUAACCAUCAAGAGCAAGCAGUUACUAAAAGUAUGGAAUGUUUAAACUUGGAAACGAGCGAGGGGACUGGUGAUGUUUAUGUUGAAGAUCAUGUAGCAAAGGAUUUGGCAGGCAUUAAAGAUGAUGGAGAGGACAAGCUGCAAGCUGUAGAAAGCUGUGGUGCCCACAAGUUGCUGCAGUCAGAAACAAAUUCUUUAGGUGAAUUGAUUUUGUGUGAGGAAGAAGGAAAUGAAAAGGAUUCUCCUACCUUCUUCAGUGUCAUGAGCAACAGGUUCAGUGAUAUUGAGCUUCGGGAGGAGGAGGGCAUACCAACAGAGGAGUUCCUGGAGUCAUGUUAUGCAAUUGUGCCUGUUCUGGAUAAGCUGGGACCAACUGUUUUUGCUCCAGUUAAAAUGGAUUUUGUAGGCAACAUCAAGAAAAUAAACCAGAAAUUUAUAACCAACAAAGAAGAGUUUGAUACCCUUCAGAAGAUUGUGCUCCAUGAAGUGAACGCAGGUGUAGCACAAGUUAGAAACUCUGCUACAGAGGCUCUCCUGUGGCUGAAAAGAGGUUUAAAGUUCUUGAAAGGGUUUUUGACAGAAGUGAAGAAUGGGGAAAAGAACAUCCAAACAGCUCUGAACAAUGCUUAUGGAAAGACAUUAAGGCAGCACCAUGGUUGGGUUGUCCGCGGGGUCUUUGCAUUAGCUUUAAGGGCAGCUCCAACGUAUGAAGAUUUUGUGGCAGCUCUGUCUGUAGAUGAGUGCGAUCCUCAGGAAGAAACAUUUUACAAAGGAAUGCAGAGGGACCUCAACAUUUACUUACCAGCCAUGGAAAAGCAGCUAAAUAUCCUGGACACUCUUUAUGAAGUACAUGGUUUGGAGUCAGAUGAGGUGGUAUGACUACAGCAAGAUCACAUCUUAAAAAUUCAGGGACUGUGUCUGUUAACAAAGAUUUCUUCCAUUUUGGUUUUGGGACAUUGUUUCUGUUCAUUGUGUCUUUUCAGGUGGGAAGGGUGUUGAGUGUUUUGCGGGAAGGGUAUGUGUGAUUUUUAUCUUUUCAUUACGCUUGUGUUGCAUUUAAAUGCAGAGGUACUGUCUUUCUUUGGAUCAUAACUAUGUCCGUGAUGAAUGUCUUUGACUGUUUCUCUUCUGCCUGUGCACCUCGUCUUCACCUCAUAAAAGUAACAGAGUAGAAUUUGGCCUUUGCUGCCGUACCUGAGGAGAGACCUGCUCAUGCAGCACAACUGUUGGGUCACCAACAUGGCACCCAGGCAGGUGCUGCUGCCUCUGACUCUCCCAUUCCCUGUGCCCACUCCCUGCCAUAAUGUAGGAGGAUAGUGAGAGUUAUUGUUAUCCCAGCAGCAGAAGAGAAGGACAGCUAAACCACCUUGUAAUGUGGUGAGUUUGUCCCUCAAUUUGGGUUGAAGCUCUUUAAUGCAAAUAAUAUAUUUGCAUGACAUAAGUAUUUAUUAAAUUAAAUAAACAUUUUAAUCCAAAUAUUACAGAGAUCUUCACCACAGGUGUAUGUGGCUAGUGGUCUGAGUGGCCCCAAGGUCGAGCCUUUGAAAAAGGAUGUUGUGUUCCCUGACAAGCUCCCAGUACAUGCUAUGGCUUCCCUGCCAGCUCCUGCUAAUGGGCCACAAAUUUGCAGGCACAGACUCAGCCCAGCAAAUUUCAACAGUACUUUACACAAGCAUUUGAAGAUCACAUCCAUCAUCCUGGCUUAUUAAGGUUUAGGAGGGUUUUUCUGUUUUAGGUUUUUGGGUUUUCUUCAAUCAAAUUCAUGCAAAACAGUAAUGGUUGCUUUUAAGUUGAGUACAGCUAGCAGUUUGAAAAGCAGAUAUCAUUAAAAUCCUCCAUAGACUGUCAUUAUGGGCAGAAACUUCAUGAAAGUGGACAUGAAAUGAGUAAAGUAUAGGGGAAGCUGAAAUUUAUGACGGAGCUAUUAAACAUGGGACCAAUUACAAAUCUUGAAUUUUGAAAUUAUUUAGAAGUGACUAGAAAUUAAAUAUUUCCCCUGUUUCCCAUUUUGCUGACACAGAUAAAAACAUGUUCCUUAGCAUUGCUGCUAUUAAAAAUAAUGAAGAAGUCCUUUUAGUUAGUGAUGUGGUUAGGGACAAAAUUCCUAGUUUUGUUAAUGACCAACCAAAAGGCUGUCUGUGAAUUACUGACUCCAGUUCAAGGCAUAAGCAGGUCUCUCUGUGUAGACCUAGGGCUUCAGAUGGCUUAGUACAAAGAGCUAAGUUUAACUCAUCUGCAGGAAGGGAGAAGACUGCGCUAGUGAGGUACUUAGAAUUAGUAAGUUUUCAUAAAUACAGAAGGCAGUGUUGCCAAACUCACAGAAGUAGUGCUGGCUUUUGCUAGGCUUAAACCAGUGUUGUUAGUAACAUGAAUGUACUGCAGACCUGCUGCCCUGCAUUGCUCUGUGACAGGAGCCUCUGCACACUGAAUACUUGAUCCUUUCUUAAGAGCCUAGCAUGGUGAGCUUUAAGAAAAGCAUAUAAUACUUGAAGAAAAUCCCAACAUCAAACUUACUGUAUAAAGAAAGAUACCAGGACUCUAAUUAGAUGCUCGUAGAGUCAUAGAAUAUGCUGUGUUGGAAGAGACCCAAGGGAUCAGGACCAUCAAGCCCAGCUCCUGGCCCUGAACAGGACAGCCCAAGAAUCCCACCUUGUGCCUGAGAGCAUUGUCCAAAAGCUACUUGAACUCAGAUGGGCUUGGUGCUGUGACCAUUUCCCUGGGGACCCUGUUCCCGUGUCCCAUCACCCUCUGUGUGAAAAACUUUUAUCUGGUAUCCAACCUAAACCUCCCCUGACUCAGCUUCAUGUAAUUUCCUUGAAUCCUGUCACUGGUCACAAGAGUGAAGAGAUCGAUGUCUGUUCCUCUGCUUUCCCUUGUGAGGAUGUUGAAGACCAUAUUGAGGUCUCCCCUCAGUCUCCUCCAGGCUCAACAGACCAAGUGACCUCCUCAUAAGGCUUCCCCUCCAGACCCUUUACCAUCCUCGUGGCCCUCCUCUGGACACUCUCUAAUAGUUUAACAUCUUUUUCAUGUUGUGGUGCCCUAAACUGCCCCCAGCACUCGAGGUGAGGCUGCCCCAGUGCAGAGCAGAGCAGGACAAUCCCCUCCCUUGCCUGGUUGGCGAUGCUGUGCCUGAUGCCCCGCAGGACAGGGUUGGCCCUCUUGGCUGCCAGGGCACUGCUGACUCAUGUUCAACUUGCCAUCGACCAGGAUGCCCUGAACUCUGCAGUGCUGCUCUCCAGCAUCUCACUCCUGUCUGUGCACUCAACCAGGACUGUCCUGUCCCAGGUGCAGAAUCUGGCACCUGUCCUUGCUAAACUUCAUGCAUUUGGUGAUUGCCCGUCUCUAGUUUGUCAGGGUCUCUCUGCAGGGCCUCCCUGCCUCAAGGGAAUCCCAGUUUAGCUCCUCCCAAUUUGGUGGUGUUAGCAGACUUACUUAGCAUCUCUUCCAGUCCCAUGUCCAAGUCAUUUAUGAAGAUGCUGGAAACCACAGGGCCAAGGAUGGAGCCAUGUGGAACCCCACUAGGGACAGGACUCCAUCCUGAUGAGUCACUACAACCCUUCGUGCCCAGCCCAUGAGCCAGUUGCUCACUGAUCAUGUAACAUGGUUAUUGAGCUGUGUGCUGGACAUCUUGUCCAGAAGGAUACUGUGAGAGACAGUGUUGAAAGCUUUGCUGUAGUCCAGAAAGAUUGCAUCAGCUGCCUUUCCUAGAUCCAGCUAAGUGGGUUACCUUGUCAUAGAAGGAAAUCAGUUUUGACAAGCAGGACCUGCCUCUCAUGAAGCUGUGCUGGCUGUGACCAAUGACUGUGUUCCCUUUCAGGUGUUUUUCAGUACCUCCCAGAAUAAUCCUUUCCAUGAUUUUACCUGGCACUGAAGUGAGACUGACAGGCCUGUAAUUUCCAGGGUCCUUCUUCUUCCCCUACUUGAAAAUGAGGACAAUGCUUGCCAGCACCCAGUUAGCUGGGACCUCUCCAGAUUCCCAAGAGACUGUUUAAAUAGCGUGACUUCUUACUCUGUCAUCUUCUCUGAGUUUUACAUAUCUGUAGUUCCUAGGUACUCAAGAGGGAUCAGAAAGAAUAAGGUUUUAGUUUUGUGCAUUUUAUUAAAUCAAGUAGUAUAUGUGUGAGUACAAAGUCAAAACUUUUGACCAAAGCUCUAUUCAAUUAUUUCACUACUCACUAAAAUUGAAUUGCUAAAAUUGAAGCUUGAGAGCCUGUGGGAUUCAGUGUCUGCUGCUUCUAAGCAUGAAUCCAAAGAAACCACCCUGUGGGAGAACAACCAACUUUCCAACCUGUGUGGUUUCCUCAUGGUCUUCAGCUGUUCUUUGGGAAACUUCACUGUAGCAGUUUUUAGCGGAAUGAUCUGGAAAGAUAAUGGAGACCACAUUUCCACAAAAUAUCAGCUAGGUUAUGAGAAGACCAGGAAGAGAUCCCUCUCUUCUAGAAAUUAACCAUCAGAUCACGAAAAAAAAUUGAAUUCUUUUUUGCGCUAAGUUAUUCCAGUAGUAGGAAAAUAUAUUCAGCUCAGAGUAUUUAGAGGUAUUUUUGGGGUUUCUGUUUUGUUUUGUUUUUUAGCUAGCAGGAGAACCACUAGUUUGUUGGGUGUGCAUCAGAUGCAAAAAUUGUUUCAAAAAGACAGGAGGCUUUAUUUUGUAGGCAAAGAACAGCUUCAUUGGGCCACUAGCUCCAGUUACUACCAUUCUUCUGUUGUCCAACAAGCAGGGAGAGGGAUCCACAUUACCUAUUCUCUAAUCAGCGUGGCAUCCUGCCUCAGAGCAGGCUUUCUCAUCUUGCUCUUCUGUGUAAAGCUGUUUUUUCUGAAUUCUGGAAUUGGUGCUUGAGAAUGUUUUUAGGAGACCCCUCUAUACUUGUUGUUAAACAGGGCCCUUGUAGAGAAGGAAUUGAGCAAGGUCUCCUUGCCUUCAAAACUUGCACUUCACCAUGCACUGCUCUAGCAGGGCGUUGAGCACUUCUCAGACUUCUGAAUGCUAUCUUUGCAGUCAAACCACCACUGAGAAAGAAACCCAUAUGCAGCAUGUUGCAGAGCUGAACUCCAAGUUACCACUCUCAGGAUGUAGUAGACCAGAUGAUCAAGUGGAAGCAAAUGCACUGACAGACAGCUCACUAUCUUCUUUUGUGGUGUCAGUUUGGCAAGCAGAGAGGAUGGCAUUUCAUUAGAAUAAUUGUGGAGAAUAAGCAACUAAUUUUUGGCCUUCAAAUUUAGAAUUGGAGAGAAGGUCAGUGUUUUCUGUUUCAUUUGUUUGGUUUGUUGAUUAGUUAGGGUUGUUCUCUUUGUUUUUGUUUUUUUUUUUAAUGGCUGACAUUUAUGAACAACUGACCUACACACUGAUAGAGAUCCAUGUGACUCAGAUAACAGAUAACCCCGGCUCUGUAUAUUUUACAUGAACUGCUUUGGUUUCUUAAGUUAUGCUAGUCUGAAGUUUUGCAUUCCUUUCCUUUAGAAAUGCUUUUGGCUGUUUCCUUCAAUGUCUAGCAGUUGCAUAUUCUCAGGGAUUUUACUUACCCAAGGCAAAAUAAGAGUAAUCACAGCCUUACCCUAGGGGGGAGUAAGGCUGCUUUUUGUGAAGUUAGUAUAGCUGAGCAUAGAACUCUGAUACAGCAGUGUCCAUACAGUGUGCAUCCUUGCUGAGACAUAGUAAAUCCCAAAGCAAUCUGAUAGAAGUGCUAUCUAGUACUGGAUAAUUGCAGUCAGCAUAUUUGAACAGAGGUCAUGAACACAUCUUUGUUAUGUAAUGUCAUUGGCAUUAGAGCAGAGCUCUCAAUUUCAGUCAAGUUCUGCUUAGUAAUCGGACACUUUUAUUUAUUUUAUUUAUUUUGUGGUUUGUUUGUUUUGUAAACAAGCUAUGUUCUGGAGUCCCCUCUACUAUUUAAAGACAUCAUACUCAGUUUCAUAUUGAAGUUCUGUAACAUUUCAAUUGUAGAAUAUGACUACUGCAUACUCAAGUGCUUUAGUGUAAACAUAAUGAGUCCAACAUCCUGUUUGACACUGUUGUGCUGUGGAUCUCCCUUUAACAGAUGCAUUUAAAGUUAAGGGCCAUGUACCUUCACUUACAAGCUCUUUAUAAAACAUCAUCAGGAUUUAAGUUACAGCUGUUUGCUUUUAAAAUCUUUCCUAGUUUGAAAAGUGUUGCUUGGUUGGUUUGACACAUAAAAAGUAUGCCCAAAAUCUGCCCCAGGUGACUGGAGCCUGCUUUGGCAAAGGGGUGUGGGCCAUUAUAGAAAAAAGUACUAUGUAUAUCCAUAUGCUGGACCUUCUAACCUUUUCUUUUUUCAUUGUCACUUCAGCUUUUGUGAAAACCUUCAGGGAAGCUUAAACUGCCUUUCAGACACCAGGAAACAUCAUUAGCAUGUUCCUACCUGGCUGUCUUGACCUUUUUCCCCAGCUGGUCCUUCCUUUCCUUUUCCAUUGUCAUCUGCUUUGCCAUCAAAGCUGUUGCUGUCAGAACAAACCAGGAUGUUUUGUAAGGCAUGCAAAUAUAAACUUGGAUAUUCAGAUGUGAAUUCUUUGUCAGGCAAUGUAAAUUGGGACAUUUCAGACUUGGGUGUUCUGCCUCACAUGAAUGAAAGCAUAAGGCUUUUUAGUUCUGUUGCUUUAUUUUGUUGUUUUAGUUUACUCAUUUCUCUUCUCUUGCCCACAUAGUGCAGAAAACAAACAGAAAAAAACCACAAGAACAAAAGCAGUGUGGAGAAAACUGAAUUUAUGCCUCACUGUUCUGUAGCCCCCUGGUGAACAAAUGCUGCUAACUUCUUGCUCCAAGCAAUAUAAAACCUCCCUCAUGCCGAGGGGUGUCAUAGUGCACUUAACUGGCUCUGAGCAAACCCAGGCCAUAGCUGACCCUGCUCACAGUUGACACAAGGAUUUAAGCACUUGCUUUGAAGUUAUGACAUAGGUGUAUGCUUCACUUAACACCAAGUAUGUCAACUUUCUUUUGCAUUUCAACAUUCAAGAGGUCCAAAAGUUAUUGAUUCCUUUAUUUAAAGCCAUGUUGAAAGUUUGAGAUUUAUGUCUACUUGAAACUGAGUAAAUUGCAUUCCAGAAUACAAUAAUUAAACUGAAAACCUAGGCAGCUUGCUUUUAUGGUUUCUUUUCCUAUUUUUUUUUUUAAGCCAGUUUUGGGCAUACAUUUUUAUCAAUGUCAAGCUAAGCUUAAUGUAAGCCUUACUUUCCAUACUCAAAUAUAUACAUACCAAAAUACAUUUAAAGAUGAAAAGAAGGUAUAUUGCCUCACACUUUAAAUUUAUUGAAUUCUAAGGGCUUGUUCACGCCUCCCAAAUCACCUCUGUCAGUGUAAGCUUUGCACAAAUUGUGCUGUCAUAAGCAGUUCAGUCUGAAAUACUCUGGUUUCCAGUCUGCAUCAUCUCUCAAAUCAUACAGCGUCUGUCUCUUCUUUUGGAGCAUUGUUAAGACUUUGACAAACUUUUAUAUUAUUUCAUUAUAAUAAACUUAUUUUAAAUAAGCAUGCUUUUAAAUCUCGUUUUCUCCUUGCAUGGAUUUGGUUCUCUUAUUACAGUAUAGGGCCUAAGGUGCUCUUCAGGACUCCAUUUGUUAUGGGUACUGUGUGAACAGUCAAAACCAGUAUGUUUCUGGUUGGCAGAAACUGCCUGUAUGUAUCUUUGUAUGAAGAAUGUUAACACACAUAAAGCCUGUUUUAGACUGCGAGAAUAAAAGCUGUAUCUGGCA